AGCUGAGAAGAGAGCAUGGCUGACCUGGGAAACCAUGACAUGAAUGCAGUGACCUAUGAUGAUUUGCAUGUUGACUUUACUUGGGAAGAGUGGACUUUGCUGGAUAAUUCCCAGAAGAAUCUCUACAAAGAUGUGAUGCUGGAGACCUACAGGAAUCUCACUAUUAUAGGAUACAGUUGGGAAGACCAUAAUAUUGAAGAACAUUGUCAAAGUUCUAAAAGACAAGAAAGGUAUGAAAGAAGUCAAACUGCAGAGAAAACUUCUACAUAUACUCAAUGUGUUAAAGCCUUUGUCCAACAUAGUACACUUCAAAUACAUAAAAGAAAACAUACUGGAGAGAAAUCCUAUGAAUGUAAUCAGUCUGGUAAAGCCUUUGCACAACACAUUCAUCUUCAAAUGUACAAAAGAACACAUAAUGGAGAGAAAUACUAUAAAUGUAACCAGUGUGGAAAAGCCUUUGGAUAUAAUAGUCAUCUUCAAAUGCAUAAAAGAACUCAUACUGGAGAGAAACCCUAUGAAUGUAAUCAAUGUGGUAAAGCCUUUGCACAACACAGUAAUCUUCAAAUGCAUAAAAGAACACAUACUGGAGAGAAACCCUAUGAAUGUAAUCAUUGUGGUAAAGCCUUUGCAUGUCACAGUAAACUUCAAAAGCAUAAAAGAACACAUACUGGAGAGAAACCAUAUGAAUGUAAUCAAUGUGGUAAAGCUUUUGUGUGUCAUGGUGCUCUUCAAAGGCAUAAAAAAAUACAUACUGGAGAGAAAUCCUAUAAAUGUAAUCAUUGUGGUAAAGCCUUUGCAUAUCAUAGUCAUCUUCAACUGCAUAAAAGAACACAUACUGGAGAGAAACCCUGUGAAUGUAACCAGUGUGGUAAAGUCUUUCCAUAUCUUAGUCAUCUUCAAAGGCAUGAAAAAACACAUACUGGAGAAAAACCCUAUGCAUGUAAUCAAUGUUCUAAAGGCUUUGCACAAUACAGUCAUCUUCAAAGACAUACAAGAACACAUACUGGAGAGAAACCCUAUAAUUGUAAUCAGUGUGGUAAAGCCUUUGCACGUCAUAGUAUUCUUCAAAAGCAUAAAAGAACACAUACUGGAGAGAGACACUAUGAAUGUAGUGAGUGUAAUAAACCCUUUGGGUGUCACAGUCAUCUUAAAAUGCAUAAAAGAACACAUACUGGGGAGUAACCCUAUGAAUGUAAUCAGUUUGUUAAAGCCUUUGUAUAUAUCAGUAAUCUUCAAAAUCAUGAAAGAAAAAAACAUACUGUAGAGAAAAUCUGUAAAUAUUGUCAGUGUGGUAAAGUUUUGAAAUUUAUUUAGGAAUAAAACUUUUUGUGUGCAA